UGGUCAGCACCCCACCGUCCACACAAAAUGCGCCCAGCGGCCCUGUUCCCGCUGGCGUUCCGUGACGUUCUUAAAUCUCUUUUGUCGGUGCCCGCGCGCUCCUUUGUUCGGCCCAUUUCUAUUACUCAACCGGUUACCUACGAUUUUCUCUGCCCGCUAUUCAGACGACCUUAUCGCUCUCAAUUAUCAAAACAGCCCACAAACCCCUUCAUUCCUGUGCGCCCGGCAUUCCGGGGCGAAUUAAUUUUUACCGCGCGCCAAAAUACCUCUUGCAGGACAAUUGCGCUCGGGCGGUUUGCACCGCGUCAGCGCAGUUCUGGGGGGGCUUCCGCGACAUCCUCCUACCACGAGGGGGUCUACCUGUCAGGAGUGGGUACCUGCAGCAGAUGGGAGAUAGAGAAGCUACCAAAGGCAUGACUUCUCCGACUGUGCCCAAGGCGGAGGAACAUGGAGAACACUCGUCCGGCUCCGUUGACUCGACCCCGGAGGCAGAGCCUGUAGAGCAAGAGACUCCCCAAACUCAGGAGCCCGGUCAGCAGCAGCAGAAGAGAAAAGGAGGACGUAAGCCGAUAUACGCGACCUCUGAAGAACGCAAGCAGCGCAACAGGCAGGCGCAAGCCGCGUUUCGAGAGCGACGGACAGAAUACAUCAAGCAGCUAGAGAGCACCAUAAAAAUACAUGAGGAGAACCUGCAGAACCUGCAGCAGAGCCACAGGAGCGCUGCCGACGAGUGUCUGAUGCUGCGAUAUAAGAACUCGCUACUUGAGCGGAUACUGUUGGAGAAAGGAAUCGACGUUCAAGCAGAACUACGUGCAAAGGGCGGUAGCCCGAACCUAGGGCCGAUCAGACCACCGGUCUCUGCAGCACCGCUGACGCAGCCUAUUCAACGCUAUGCAGUCAACAAGUACGCGCAAAACCGCAGAUCGUUAGGCAGCGUGCCAAAGGCCGGUUCGCCGACACAACCCACGAACAUUUCUCCAAACAUUCAGCCUACUCCUACAUCACGGAUCUCCUCUCCGGCCAUCUCGACACACCGAUCACCAAACUUCCUUCCGCAACCUAAUGGGCCUAUAUCUCCGGCAUUUGGCCCGGGUGGACAACAGCAGAUACGUCCACAACCACAGCAGCUCCGGCCUCAAUUCAAUCCACCACCACCUCGGCCUCAGCUAGCCACAACAGGAUAUCCGUCGAGCGCGUCUACGAUCAACAGUGCUGCAUCUGGCGCUUCAGCCGCGUCAAACUCAGGACCGAAUGCAAAUCAUGCGCAGAAUUCAAACAGCUUCUACACUUCCCCAUUUCAAGCCCAUUAUGAUCAGCUAGAACAAGAGUACGAACAAGCGGACGACAUGUAUGAGGAUCAAGAUUCGAACGAUCAGUCAGCAGGCGCAGGCGCCUACCCAAAUAGUUUCGCAAUGCCUGGUCCCAACAUGCCACAAUCGCACCCUUCGGCGAACCAAACACCACAGAUGUCCACCAACGGACAUCAUCCACUACAGCCUCAGCCAACACAACAUACAGAUGCCACUGCUCAAUUCGGCGGCGCCGCGAUGAACACAGGCUACGAUCCGUAUGACCCAAUGCUCGACGCCGACCCGUUUGGAUUGUCUGCAAGCAUGCAUUUCCCAACUCAGUUUUCCUUUGACACUACUUCAAGAUGAGUCGUUUGGUACGGACGUCUUCAUCAGCACAAGAUUGUUGAUAUCCCACCCCAAUUGUUUGGUCUAGAUUUUCGGUAUCUUCAGUUCGAUACCCACGUCCACGGCGUUCCCGACAGAAGAGGUGCAUGCUUUUCGUGCCUUUUGUUCGGGCAAAACAAAACAACCAUCAGUAACGCAUCUUAAUGAGACGAUGAAUGUUCGCGAAGGCAACAGACUCAAUGUGUUGUUGACUAUCAUGCCGGGAAGGCUUGAAUGAACUUUCUGAAGGCGGCCAAUGCUUGCGUUGUAAUUGCGUUAUCUGACCGUUGAAAAAAGCUUCAUGUUGUUGCACACCUCGAUACCUCACCGCGCACUCGUGUCCAUAAGUAUUUGAUUGCGCGACCCCUGGGAUAUAUCUUUGCACAAUCUUAACGUAUUGUGAGCAAAUGCAAGAAAUCAAACGUGAUGAAGUGAAUCAUUGAUAGCCUGUUGUUACGGAUGACAUCUCAAAGUUCCGGAUCUCCGACGUGUACUUCGUACCAAAAAACGCCAGUGUCUCCAGCGCGUAUAAGUGGGCUUGAG